GAUGGUGCAUGCUCUGGUUAGCAAUGGUGCCAACUCUAUCUGGGAACAUUCACUCUUGGAUCCAUCGCAAGUCAGGAGUGGCAAAAAGAAACCCAAUCAAAAGGAUUCUGUCCAUCCAUUCAAGUCUGACUUCAUCCGUGCCAAGUAUCAGAGGUUGGACUUUGUUCACAGACUGAAGGAUGGUGAUGAAGCUACCGUCAAGGAUCUUAGUAGACAACUCCACUCAAGCGUAAGGACGGGUAAUUUAGAGACGUGUCUAAGGUUGCUCUCUCUUGGUGGACUAGCAAACUUCUAUCAUGCUGAGAGAUGCAACACCCCACUGCAUGUUGCAGCGAAAGAGGGUCAGAUGCUACAGUGCGAGUUGCUGAUAGUCUACGGUGCAGACCCAGGGGCACUGGAUAGCGAUGGGCAGACGCCGGCUGAUCUUGCCAAGGAUGAAGGUCACUUAGAACUUGCUGAGAGACUGGUUCAAUGCCAGUAUGAACUGACGGAUAGACUCACAUUCUUUGUGUGUGGAAAGAGACCAGAUCAUUCAUCUAGCACUCAUUUUCUAAUCCCCGAGUUAGCCGAUGGUUCUCUAGAUAGAUCAGAUGCUGCAGACCAGGCCAGGAAAAAGCUUCAAAGUCUGAGCAAUCAUUUAUUUGAAGAGUUGGCCAUGGACGUCUAUGAUGAGGUAGACAGGAGAGAAUUAGAUUCAUUAUGGGUAUCCUUGAACAAACCCAGUCUAGUAGGAGGUGAUAGGUCAGUGCCCUUUCUACCACUCAACCCUGAACUAUCAGCUACAAGGAAUCAGGGGAGACAGAAACUAGCGAGGUUUAGUGCUCGAGAGUUUGCUACCCUUAUCAUUGACAUCUUGAAAGAAGCAAAGAGAAGGCAGCAAGGCAACCUCACUCUGUCAAGACAUGGAGAUCAAGUUGAGAUAGUUCGAGAGCCUCCACCGAUUCCCCCUGCCCCCGAGAAGUCGCCAACGUCUCCUACGAACAUCGCAUCCUGUAUUGAGGACAAUGAACCCCUGUACGACAGCGUCUGUUCCGACGACGACGACGGAGAUGUGGCUGAGAAUGCCAACUUGAAAAACGGAGGCAAUAUCAAUUGUAGGAACCACUCGAAUCAGAAUUCAAUGGUAAGCCACUCUUAAGAUUCAUUCGCAUGG